UUGAUGCCAGCUUCAAUCUUUCUUCGGACGCGGUGCAUAACAGUUUUCAUGAAAGGAGGUUUGGAUUACCUAAGUGCACUGCACACCUCACUGAAUCAGUUUAGUUCAUUAACCUGGAAGGAGGCCAACCUACCAAAAUAGUGAGAGGGAUCCUUCACCCCCGCCUUCACCUUAACUCAAGAGUGCUCCGUGAGUGUGCACUGAAAUGCAACAGCAGGAACUUUCGUCUCCUCAUCGAAGGGACUGGGCCAAAUAUUAUUUCUUCUGAUAGCAAAGUAGUUUGUGCAAGAAGUUGGCAAUCGGAUUUCUGUCUCGAGUUACACGAUGAUGGCGAGAAUGGAAGUCAAAGAAAAGAACGACGUGGAAAGUCCGUCCUCCCGCCAUUAUGAGCUGGAGGAAAAGGAUUUACCAACAGCGAAGCCACUGAUUCAAUCUUCAGAGAAAAAUCGUCUUUCCGAGACAGAAGGCAUCGAGGCAGAUACAUUGGUGUCUACUUGUUCACGAUUAUGUAAAACCAUUGCAAGACACAAAGGACUCAUCUGGGCAUUUUUCUCUGCUUUAGCAGCUUCCUUGACAUCACUGGUCUUUAAACUGCUAUCAGGUCGUGUCUCAAUAAACCAGAUUGUUGCCUUCCGGUCUGGGUUUUUCAUCCUGAUGGCGAUACCAGCUCUAGUCUGGCAUAAAAUCUCAUUGAACAUGCCUGUCAAGAUCUGGAUGAUUUUGUCCUUACGUGGUUUCAUUGGAGCUGUGAGCACGACCUGCUAUUUUUACGCCUAUCAAUAUCUGGACAUCUCCACGGCCAAGGCCGUCACGUACAGCUCUCCUUUAUUUACAGCAUUAUUCGCAUGUUUAUGUGUCAAAGAGAGAUGCAAUGUUCCAACGGUAUUCUUCUCCUUAACCACAAUAGUCGCUGUCGUACUUGUGGUGCAGCCAUCGUUUAUUUUCGGCCGAGGGGGUGUCUCACCGAUUGGAACCGUUAUCGCUUUAGGCGCGUCGAAUGCCAUAGCCUUCUCCCUCAUCCUUCUCCGGCUGCUCGGAAGAUACAAGAUCCAUGCCCAGGUCGUUAUUUUGGUGUUCGGAUGCGUUGGCGUAGUGGUAUCACCCAUCAUGACAAGCGCCCUCAACGAGUGGUCCAACCCUCACUGUGGGACUGAUCGUCUUCUUGUUCUCUGUAUUUGUAUCCUGAGCUAUUCUGAGUGGAUGAUGGUGACAGUUGCGUUGCAAACCGACAAGGCAGCCUACGUGGCAGUCAUAAGAGCAAGUGACGUCUUCAUGACGUUUGCCUUUGACAUGAUAUUCUUUGGUUUAUCACCGAAUGUCUUGACGAUCGUUGGAGCCCUUGGUGUGGUGGCGAGCUCAUUGGGAAUGACGUUGUAUGCCCAUUUCACAUACAAAAACGAAGAAGUUGAUCAUGAGAGUAAUAGCACCAUGUAAAUUAAAAUUCAUCUUCGAGAUACAGCUGUAUAAUCUCUAAACUCUUUCUUCCUAUCCUGACAAGUGUCGAGAAUCUUGCCUUUAAAGUUUAAAUAUUAUUCAUUACGCGCAAACGCUGCUCAGAAAAGCGUCCUCAUCUACUUGUCCUCUAUGAGAGACAGAUUCAGAACCCUCCAAACUCUUAUGUUCAAAAUUGCACACUAUGAAGGGCAUUUCAUAAAACUGCAAAAUGAUUUAUGCAAAAUGUAAAUAUAUGCAAUGCAGAAUGCGAUGCAAAUAUUUAUGGCUCUAUUACCCAUUAACGUCUGUCCAUCUGACAAGUACAAGUAAACCAAGGUUUUCUUCCUUA